AUGAAGAAGACACCAAAACCUAUCUACAUCGACUCUAGUUAUCACCGCCUGAACCCAUCUCAACCUCUCCCACUUCCAUUGUUGGGUCGCUCAACGGGUUUGACCUGCCCAGCUUGUUUCUCGCUGGGUCACCAGACCACACCUCUGAAAUACCUGACCCAACUGUCCACAUGUUGGCGCGUAGCCUGCUCCUUGAAACCACCACCUGGUGGUGGCCAUUACUACCGCUCCUGGAACUUUACCCAGCUCAAUCACGAGAUCGCGUCAAUCAACGAGGGCAAUUGGCCCCCAAAACCAUAUCAGCCUCGUCAGCCCGCCGCCGCAAACCCAAUUCCAAUCCCUGACGAAACCAACGAGCCUCUUGCCAUGUUUGCAAGCCAGCGAUUGAUCGAGCAAAUUUUCCGACCAACCACUUCGACAUCUCCAGCAGGAUCUCCCAAGAAGAGUGACGCUAUUACCUGCCGAGGCGUUGACGGCCGUACUAGCGCUCAUCUACCUACAGAGGCACGCCAGGGAAACAAGCGAUGCCGUUAUCGCGCCUGCGCUUCGUGCUGUAACACUCUAGGAGACAAAGACCGUAUCUGUCCAGCCAAGGGUCACGUGUCAAAGCACGAAGGCAACUCCGGCGCCACCAAGAAUUGGAGGACUGUCGGAGGUUGGGAAUCGCGGGAAUGGGAAUGGGCUGUAUGA